AGGGGAAAUAUUGUAGAGUAAUGUAAUCGUCAACUUGUAACCUUCUCCCCACUAGGCACAUACUGUGCAACCGCUGUUUGCUUUUUAUUGAUAGCAUCUUAUACCAACAGAACUGAACACAAACAAGCUACAAAGUUAAUUCAAGUCAACGGAACCCAAGGCGUGUUUUUUUUCUGUCUCUCUGCAUUGGUAUAUUUGUUCCUAAUAAAAGGCGCUUCGGGCAGACAGGACCUCAGCUUAAUGUCUCACCUGAGAGGUGACGUCUCUGACACUCCCUCAAUGGCACUAUGAAAUGUCAACCAAGAUGAUGUUCUGAAGUUUCUGGUGUGGGCAUGAACCCACAUAUCUCACAGCAGAGACGAGAGCUGAUAUAAAGGCUUUGACACCUCCUUUGAAUGAUAGAUUCAACUGAUGAGUCCACUUGCUGAAGAAACAGAACCUUUUGGCCAACUUUGACAGCUGAGUACAUCUCUAUUGAUGGGACUCGAAGGAGUUAAAUGGUGUUGUUGAUAAGAUCAAUGGGUUCGCAGGAACAAACAGGGGAGGAAGAACCUUGCCAAAUGGCUAUGAUGGCGCCCCCAAGCAGGCGUUUGAGGAACAGGCCGGUUGUGAAGGAUCAAAAAGAGAAUGUAGAUACAGAGCUUCGGGAAGACAGAGAGGCAGAAAACUUCAGCGGAUUACAUCAUGCCCAAUGCAAUGGAGAUGACGGAGAUGAGAAGAAGGCUGAAAAAUUUACUUGCCGCAUUUGUGAAAAGAGCUUCACUUUCCUUAGUGUGCUGUCAGUUCACAUGCGAACCCAUACUGGUGAAAAGCCUUACAAGUGUCCAUAUUGUGACCACAGAGCUUCUCAGAAAGGGAAUCUUAAAAUUCACAUCCGGACUCACAAAAUCGGAGACUUGAGUGAGGGGAACAAAACAAAUUUGAGAGAGCAACAGCCCAAUGAGUUCAAUGCUUUGGAGAGUGUUAAUAUUCCCACCAGCUCUGCACAGAGCACCUCAUCUCGCAGCCUGGCACAGAAUGGAUUAACAAAGGCAGAGAAUGGCAAGAUUGUUCUAAGGCGGCUUAAGAAAGAGAAGGAAAUUCCCCUAACUGCCAGUGAGAGUGCCUUCGCAUUCCAAUGUUCAUGCUGUAAAGGAAGGUUUGAGAAGCAGGACCAAUUAGAUCAGCAUGUACAACUUCUGCACAAGUCAUACAAAUGCAAACUAUGUGAGUAUGUCACGCUAAGAGACGACGAAUUGCUUAGCCAUAUAGAAAAAGUUCACAUUACCGUGGAGAAGCCAAAUAAUGAAGGUGAGAGUGACAGUGUCGAACAGCCAGCCAGUGAGUUCAUGUGUGAAACAUGCCAUCAGACCUUCAACCAGUCCUGGUUUUUAAAGGCCCACAUGAAGAAACAUAAUGGCUCCUUUGAAUAUAGUUGUCAUGUCUGUGGACGCAAGUUUAAGGAACGUUGGUUCCUCAAGAACCACAUGAAGGUGCAUGCCACGAGGAGUAGAAACAAAAACAAAGUCAGUAAAGCUGACUCUGAGGGUUUAGUCACCAUUAACGAUGUGGUACAAGAACACAGAAUGAGCAUUACAUGCUCACAGUAUCAAAUCUGUAUGAAAUGUGGUUACUUGUUCCCAAGCAGAGAAAGCUUAAAAGAACACGAGAAGUUGCACAUUAGAACAUUUGAGGAGUGCACUGAAGAGCGGGUAAAGACUGUAAGGGAGGCAGUGAUGAAUGGCACCACCAAAAACUGCACAAAGGACAAUUUCCUCAGGUCUCUGAACUUGAGACCAUCUGUGUCAGUGGAUACUUUUACAAGUCGCUUGUUUGCUAAGGGCAUUGCUGAACUGGACCCUGUGAGUAGCUAUCAAGCUUGGCAGUUGGUCACAAAGGGAAAAGUCAUAGAACUCACUGGGUCGGACAAGGGUGUUCCAGAGGCAGAUAUCAUGUGUGAUAAAGAAAAGGGAGCAUACACUUUCACUGAUACGGAGAAGCGCAAACGGGAACAAGACACUCAAAACAGUAGCUGUCCAAAGAAACGCAAUAGGACAAAUAGUACACAAGAGAAAGAGAGUCAGUUAGCCAGCUCUGGGGAAAGCAACAAUGGCGCAGAUAUCAGACCCACAUUACGUCAUGGGAAGAGAUCUUCACAGAAUAAAAGUACAGAGUGUUUGGAAUGUGGGAAAGCAUUCCGGACCUAUCAUCAGGUGGUGCUGCAUUCCAGAGUGCAUAGAAAGAACAGGGGCAGAUGUGAAGGUGGACAGGUUGGCCAGGAUGUAAAGCCUGGUUCCACAAGUGAAGCAGACUCGACUUCAACCAGCCGGCCCAGUACUCCGGGCUCGACAUCAGCCCCAGAAGACGCACCGGGGCUGGAAGGGGAAGACGUCGACAGCUCUGAAGAGGGUAUAGAGAUGCAAUCAGUUAGUGAUGCACAGGCACAAUCAGAAAGAGGAGAAAAGCCAUACAAAUGUUUGCCUUGUGACUACACGGUGACUGAGCCACCUUUACUGCCAUGCAACCCAGCCUCCCAGGCUCCUCAGAAUGAAUCUCAGGAAGACAUUCCCGCUUCCACCAACAGGUCUCACGAAUCUUUGCCAGAUAGACCAGGAAUCUUUCUUGAUUCAAAAGACGUAACUUGUUGUUUGGAUGUUAAAGGGGUCCCUGUGGAAUGUAGUUCUAUUUCACAAAUGGAAGUACCAAGAGCUGAACAGGAACAGGGAUCAGUUGGAUCUUGCAGAGUCGAAGAAGGCAUCCUCCAGCCCAGCCUACCACCGGGUUUUCAGAACAAACCAGUCAGUGGAAAGAAUUCAGACCUGCCUUUGAAAGGUGCAGAUAAAGUGCACAACAUUGAUCCCAACACAAAUGCAACUGAAAAUGAAUUUCCUUUAGAUUUGACCUUAACAUUUUUUAAAAAGUUUGCCUGCAAGGAUAAUUUCUUCUUCCGGGGUUCACCUACCUCACCACCCCAGAAUGGUAUGAUCACACACUUUUGCCAGUUCUGCAAUCACGCAACCCUCUACCCUGAAGUGCUCCUGAUGCAUCAGCGUGUCCUACACAAGCUGAACCUCAAUAUGCCAACUCCGAAAUGGCGAGCCCGGAAUGGGCUGAAAGCCGCAAAUCACAGCUUGCCUGGAGUUAGUAGCAGUCGACGCACAGGCCCUCCUCCUGUACUGAACAGUAAAGAAAGUCCUCCCAUGCUCCCAUCCCCUGUACAUAGCCAUCCCCCAUGCCAAAGGCAAUCACCAACGGCCAGAGCUGCUCCCUUGUUGUCAGGGAUCUCAAGCAAGUCACACGCUCCCCCACAGCCCAGAGUAUCCCUCCCCCCUACAGGUACGAGGGCUGUAGGCCCAGUUCCAAAUAGUUACUGGUACCAGCAAGCAAACAGCCAAAAGCAAUAUGGUUUUGUUUCAGAACAAAAUGUACGAUCAAAUAUAAGUUUAGAGCACAAGAUAUUGCAAGCUGGUAGUUUUGGAAACAAAGUUGCUCAUUCACGCCCUGCAGUUCUAAGAUAUGGAACCGCAACUGAGAAUAUCACAAUAGAUCGACUUCUUCAAGAGGAUGGUGCCGGUGGUGCAGUUUCUGGUAAUUGUUGCCAACUAUACCCAACAAACAUUCAAGUCGGUCGAGAGUCAGGAUGCAAAAGCUUGCCCACAGCUGCCCAGCAGACCAAACACAAAGCCAAUGCUCUGCCUCAACCCGAAUACAGAUCAGCAGGUAUAGCUGAGCUGGCAUCAUUAGGAUACUGUACACGAGAUGGGCAGAUGCCACGUCAUUCCAGUCCAACAGGAUGUUCUACUUCAUUAGGCACUUUUGAGCCAGCAUCACCGACGAAACAGGGAGAUAGGAUGAAGCACGGGAAUGCUUUUAACGUGCUAACGGCCUACAAUCCACAAGAUCUGUCUGCCUUAUAUGAAAGCUGGAGAGCUCACAGUCCCUUUCUGGAUCCAACAGCCGAAACAAGAAUACUUGCCACUCAGCAGAGAGACUUGAACUGUGGAGAAUGUGGAAAGAGUUUCAGCCAACCCAGGCAUCUCAGGACACACAUGAAAACCCAUGCAGUGCAAAAGUCCUUCUGCAGUCCUCAAGUGGCAACAGCAGAGAGACCUUUCCAGUGCAGAUACUGUCCGUACAGUGCCUCGCAGAAGGGGAACCUGAAAACCCAUGUACAAUGUGUUCAUCAUGUGCCAUUUGACAACACCCAGUAUCCGGAUCGACGGUUCAGACUCUCACAGAGUGAUAUGGAUCUCUACAGGACAAUGAAUAAACAGUUUAGUCAUUUUUCAACAGAUUGCCAGGCUACAGGAACAACAGUACUGGAUUGAUGCCCAUUCCCAAUCUGCAAAUUUCAGGAAAUUUCCUUCCACUUUCAGUGGGGACAGAACAUGGGUCACAAUGACACUGUCUCUUCAGGGUUCGAAGACUGCAGGAACAAUCUUUAAGUGCUAACAUGACCCAAGAGUUGAAUGCCUGUUCUUUUCGUGAUGAAUGACUGCAGCUCAACAGACUACUGGUCUGCAAACAGAAUGCUAAAAAGCUGUCCAUCCAGAUUGCAUAUUGAUAAUUCGCAUUGAGGAUCUGACUGGUUAAAUCCUCAUUAUUUUCGACACAUGGUCCUGCUUUUUGAUCUUCCUUUCCAUGUUGAUGGACUUUGGGAAACUCAGCCAAUGCUUUGAACUGGACAAUGUGAAUCUAAUGCUAGGUACUAGUGUUAGAAACACAUGCAAUUUAUCCCUUAUCAUAUCGUUAUAACUUAUGGCAAAACAAAGUCAAAAUUGAUCAAAGAUACAUUCAUAUAUUUUUUUGAAAUUUAUGGCACUCUUUUGGCAAAAAUAAUUUGUGUUAAAAAUUAAAAGCCUGUAUGGCAGGCCACGUCAACAGGAAGCAGUCUUGCUGUCAGCUGAAAGGUACUAAAUGUUAACAUGAGCUCAUUCUUAAUUUUAAUGAUAUAUCAAAUACAGAUUGAAUUUGAAUAAUCCUUUACUCAGUCACUUUUCAGGAUAUUUUACACAAACCAUUAUUUUCACUGCAAAAGCAAAGUUUGACACACAGAAGCCAGAAGGAAAAAAAAGUCCAAGUAAGAAAAGCUGUCCUGGGUUUAAUCUUCUUGUGAGAUAAAACAACAGCA